CUUCCCCCUCUUCAACCUCCUCCUUCCGCUCCCCCCUUCUGUCCUUCCUUCUCAUCGCGCCAACAUCCCCUCGCUGCCCGCUCUUAGCUCAAGAGCCUCAUUCCCCCCCCCCAGUGGCUCCCGCGCGCGAGCGCGUGCCAUGCGCCGACGGCGGCCAUGGGUUCACACGGGGACGCCCUCUACUUGCUCAGGGUCGCCGCGCCCUGCUGGCUCAAGGCGCUCUGGGCUGGCGGAGCUGCCUGCACGGUCUGCACGCUGGUCGUCUCGUACAGGCAUACGCUGGACCACGUUCGUGCCGCAGCGGAGUGCGGCUUCGGUGGCAAUCCAUUUGUACCAUGUUCUUUUGGCCCGCGGGCGGACCGCGUGCUGCACCUGCUGCUGAUGCCGCCCAUCCUCUCCCUGACCUCGGCUUUGCAGAUGCUCCUGCCCAGCGCGGAGCCGCUGUGCUCGUUGCUGCGGGUCACCCAGGCGAUGAAGAUGUUUUUUCUCGCGGUCCGCCUGCCGGAGCCGAAGUGGUUAGUCUGCGACCGGCCCAAACGCGCAGGCCACAUGUAA